UGACUCCCUGCUGUUGUAAUUUCUGGCUCCAGGCUGAGCCAGGGAGGGGCCAGUGGAUGGGCCAGGACAGGUGGCCUUGACAUGUGAUGCUUGUCCGCUGACCACUCAGUCCUCACUUUUAGAACGCUUUCCAGAAGUGAUGGAAAGGGGUGAGCAGGACGACUAAAUAUAGUCCUGGGGCCAAGACAGUCUGGGAGGGUCUGUCUGCGAUUCACUCCGUGCCCUCACCAGUGGGGUCCACUGCUAGCUGCGUCGGUGAGCCCCGGUCUGUGCUCUGUGCUUGCUGUUUGCCCUUUGCCUGUUUUCAGACACAGCUCUGACCCGGCUAAGUUUGGGCCUGACCUUGAGUGGGCCUCCCGGGAGUCUCUUUUUGCCCAAGAUCUCCAACCAGACCUGACCGUCAUGUCGGCGGCGCCCGGCCUCCUGCACCAGGAGCUGUCCUGCCCGCUGUGCCUGCAGCUGUUCGACGCGCCGGUGACGGCCGAGUGCGGCCACAGCUUCUGCCGCGCCUGCCUGAGCCGCGUGGCGGGCGAGCCGGCGGCGGACGGCUCGGUGCCCUGCCCGUGCUGCCAGGCGCUCACGCGGCCGCACGCGCUCCGCACCAACCUGCAGCUGGCGCGCCUGGUGGAGGGGCUGGCGCAGGUGCCGCAGGGCCACUGCGAGGAGCACCUCGACCCGCUGAGCGUCUACUGCGAGCAGGACCGAGCGCUCGUGUGCGGCGUGUGCGCCUCGCUCGGUUCGCACCGCGGCCACCGCCUGCUGCCCGCCGCCGAAGCCCACGCGCGCCUCAAGACGCAGCUGCCCCAGCAGAAGCUGCAGCUGCAGGAGGCGUGUAUGCGCAAGGAGAAGAGCACGGCCGUGCUGGAGCACCAGCUGCUGGAGGUGGAGGAGACGGUGCGUCAGUUCCGGGGGGCGGUCGGGGAUCAGCUGGGCAAGAUGCGGGUGUUCCUGGCGGCGCUGGAGGGCUCCUUGGAUCGGGAGGCAGAGCGUGUGCGGAGUGAGGCGGGGGUCGCCUUGAGACGAGAGCUGGGCAGCCUGAACUCUUACCUGGAGCAGCUGCGGCAGAUGGAGAAAGUCCUGGAGGAGGUGGCUGACAAGCCACAGACGGAGUUCCUCAUGAAAUACUGUCUGGUGACCAGCAGGCUUCAGAAGAUCCUGGCAGAAUCACCACCGCCUGCCCGGCUGGAUAUCCAGUUGCCUGUCAUCUCAGAUGACUUCAAAUUCCAGGUGUGGAGGAAGAUGUUCCGGGCGCUGAUGCCAGUGACCAAGGACCUGACCUUUGACCCGAGCACCGCCCACCCGAGUCUGGUGCUGUCUCCCUCCGGCCGCCGCGUGGAGUGUUCGGAUCAGAAGGCGCCGCCGGCCGGGGAGGACCCGUGCCAGUUCGACAAGGCCGUGGCGGUGGUGGCGCGCCAGCUGCUGUCCGACGGCGAGCACUACUGGGAGGUGGAGGUGGGCGACAAGCCGCGCUGGGCCCUCGGCGUGAUCGCGGCCCAGGCCAACCGGCGCGGCCGGCUGCACGCGGUGCCCUCGCAAGGCCUCUGGCUGAUCGGGCUGCGGGACGGCAAGAUCCUGGAGGCGCACGUCGAGGCCAAAGAGCCGCGCGCCCUGCGCCCUGCGGAGAGGCGGCCGUCGCGAGUCGGCGUCUACCUGAGCUUUGCGGACGGAGUCCUCUCCUUUUACGACGCCAGCGACGCCGACGCCCUCGAGCUGCUCUUUGCCUUCCACGAGCGCCUGCCCGGGCCCGUGUACCCCUUCUUCGACGUGUGCUGGCACGACAAGGGCAAAAACGCUCAGCCGCUGCUGCUCGUGGGGGCUGAUGGCGAGGAGGCCUGAGCCGCCCGCUGGGCUGGGGGUGGGUUGCGGGGGUCCUGCAGGCCUGGAAGGAGGCAGGGAGGGCAGGGGCUGUCGGGACUGAAGGCGGAGGGGGUUGGGGGCUGGGGACCCUUCAGAGUUCUGAGAUGUUCGGGGUUGGAGGGGUUGGGGUGGGUGUGGGGAAGGGAGGUCUAAAGUCAGGUCCGCGAGGAAACCCCAGUUUGGGAACUAGGAAGCCCGAGGGUUCCAGGAAGAAAUUGAAGUUGAGGGAAGGAGUGAAAAGGGUCCGGGGUCCGGCUGGGGUGGGGUGGGGGUUGGGGUGGUGGGAACUGAAGCUCUCUGGAGAGCAAAGAGCCCCUUUUCCCUCCUUCCUGGUGGCCUUGGGGUGUGUGUGUGGGGGGGCCCAGAUUCACCACACAGAAAGAUCUUUCCCUUCAUGGUUCCACAACUUAAGCGUGCAUCAAAAUCACUUUUUCAAAGCAUGUGACAGUGACUUGUUGAAGCAGAGUGUUGUGUUUCUGGUUCACUAGGUCUGGGCGCAGACCAAAAUUUUGCUUUCCUUACAAGUUCCUGGGGCCGUGCUGUUGCUGCAGGUUACAAGUGGGAUCACCUGGAGAACCCAGGACUUGGACCCUGGUCUGUUCAGUGAGCUCUCCGUUGCACAGAGGUGGUUAUCAGUAGCUCUCAGCUCGCAGGAAUAGAAAACCCACACUAUAUUCCUCUGGAGAUUCAACAGUCAUUGAAAAACUGCCAGAUACCAUGCUGAGUGAAUAAACUGGCCCCUAGCUAGUUCCUUUCACCUCUGGAAUAUGAUUACUGAGUGUCUUGGACAUUGAAGUAAUCCCCCAAGCUGCCAACCCAGAGAAAGAGCCUGAUGCGGAUCCCAGCCUGGGCCCUGCUGUUUGUGGGGAAGAGAAGGCCUCCCCCACCAGCCCCGCUUCUCCUGGGUUGGCCCCUCGCUGCUUACUCACUGGUUCACACCUUCUUUGGUUUUAGCUCAACGGCCCGUGUCUUGGGCCCUGGAGUUAGACCGAGGCCCAGAGUGACAGUUCCUCUUCCUUAGGGGAAGGCCUGUGGGGACUCAAGCCGGUGGGAGCGGAGCUGCUGCCGCUCCUGUCCAAGAGGUGACGGUAGGGGCCGUUUGCUCUCUGCGCCAACGUGCUGCUGCUGAUGUGUGAAAGGGCCUGGGAACCCCUGGAAACAGGUGCCAGGACGGGAAUUUUCUUGGGGGAUAGAGUGAAAGGAAGGUGUGGGUAGAAUAAGAAAGGCCUCAGGGUCUGGCUGGGGGGACUCCCGGCUGUGCUCCCAGAGGAAUGGUUCUUGGACACUAAGGGUUAUUUGGUUGUAAAAUUCAGUAGCAUUAAUAGAGACGAUGAUAUUCAGAUUCCUUCCCCAUUAACUCUUUGUGAACAGACAAGUGACCUAUUGCUAGGCCUAGUAACCUCUUAUUGUCCACCUGGCUUUUAGUCUUGACCCAUCUCAUCUUAGCAAAAACACAAAUGUGGGGGCGCCUGGGUGGCUCAGUGGGUUAAAGCCUCUGCCUUCGGCUCAGGUCAUGAUCUCGGGGUCCUGG